UUCCAAACCAUAAUCGGCCUCGAAAUCCAUGCCCAACUCGACAUUCCCACCAAACUCUUUUCCAGAGCCCCCACAUCCUCUUGGAUGGCACCUCCUAAUUCAGCGAUCGAUCUGAUCGAUGUGGGUGUCCCUGGCAGUCUACCGGUCCUCUCCAAACAAGCCCUGCAUUCGGCUCUGUUGGCGGCGGGCGCGUUAGAGUGCGACGUACCAACUAUCAGUCGUUUUGAACGGAAACACUACGCUUACGCCGACCUACCGCUGGGCUACCAGAUCACUCAACAAAGAUGGCCACUGGCACGAAAUGGUCGACUAUUGGCAACCUACAAAGUCGACGGCUCCAAAUCAAAGCAACGAACAGCUUUGGUUGACUGUCGAAUCGAUCGAAUACAAUUAGAGCAAGAUACCGGAAAGACCACUUCUACCUUAGAGCCGGACGGCUCUGUGAUCUCUCGGGUUGAUUUGAAUCGUGCAGGGUCGGCACUUAUUGAGAUCGUUUCUGCACCGGACUUAAGGAGUCCUCGACAAGCUGUAGCCUUCAUGGAAACUUUGCGACAGUUGCUACAGCAUCUCGGCGUCUGUGAUGGUAAAAUGGAGCACGGAAGCUUACGGUGUGAUUUAAAUGUAAAUGUACAAAGCCUCAAUUCACCACAACACAAAAGUCCACGCGUCGAAGUCAAAAAUUUGAAUUCCAUUAAGCACGUGCAUGACGCCGCUGUGUACGAAGCCAUUCGACAGGCAUCAACCUUUGCGACGUUGGCGGACAGUGGCAGCUCUAUCCUAGUGGGAGGCGCUGAGACACGCACUUGGAACGUAGUAGAAAGAGCAACAACCCUGUUGAGACGUAAAGACGACGCCCAAGACUAUCGAUUUAUGCCAGAUCCAGAUCUACCACCAAUAGUUAUCGACAACUCCAGUCUGAAUGGCAUGUCGCUCGAGCAGUUCUGGAACAAGAAUCUACCUGAAUUACCUGCCGUGGCAUUUCACAGACUGCAGAAUGACUACGGAUUGUCCUCUUACCAGGCAUCUGUCAUUGUCGCUGAUCCUCCCGCAAUUGAAUUUUUAGAUGCGGUCGCGUCGACUGCGGCGAACAUCCUGUCAAACGAGCUGUUUGGUAUUCUGAAGGAGUCUGGCGGCGAUGAGCCUCUAUCGAUAAAACAUUCCCUUGUCUCAGCGGAGCAGCUGGGAGAGCUAGUAGCUAUGCUCCACGCCGAAAAGAUUUCUACCACAAUGGCGAAGAAAAUGAUGGCAGCACUGUGCACAGAGACGUCUUCUUUCGGGAAGUCGCCUCAAGAACUGGCCUCGGAAUGUGGUUUUGAACUCAUUACAAGUGUUGAUGCUCUGAAAGUUAUUUGUGAAUGUGUUGUGAAGGCAUAUCCCGAGGAGCUCACUGUAUACCACAAAGGCAACAAAUUCGAGGCAAAGAUUUUCAAAUUAUUCAUUGGCAAAGCCAUGUCGGCAAGUAAGGGCAACGCCCACCCCGAGAGGCUUCGAGAAAUCCUAAAAGACGUGCUGGAUGCGACAAAGGGCCGAGCUGGACCUUGA